AAUAUGGGCCAUGCAAAUUAGGCCCAAACUAAGAACACAUUCUUAAAACCCUACUAUAUAAACUUAACUCAAAUAUAUCAGCAGCUGUGUAAAGAACAGACAAAGGACCCUGCACAAAUCUACAGGGGAGAUAGAGACAUGGGUGAGGGAGGUGUACCGGUUCCAGAGUCGGUAUUGAAGAAGCAAAAAAGGAAUGUGGAAUGGGCCCUUGUGAAGAAGCAAGAGCUUGAAGCUGCCAAGAAAAAGAAUGCUGAGAAUCGCAAACUUAUCUACAACAGGGCUAAACAGUACGCUAAGGAGUACUCCGAGCAGGAGAGGGAGUUGAUCCGUUUGAAGCGCGAGGCGCGAUUGAAGGGAGGAUUCUAUGUUGAUCCCGAAGCAAAGUUGCUCUUCAUCAUUAGAAUUCGUGGGAUUAACGCAAUGCCACCGCAGACAAAAAAGAUUCUUCAGCUUCUUCGAUUGCGACAGAUCUUUAACGGUGUCUUCCUGAAAGUUAAUAAGGCCACCGUGAACAUGUUGCAUAGGGUUGAGCCAUACGUUACAUACGGUUAUCCCAACUUGAAGAGCAUUAAAGAGUUGAUCUACAAACGAGGUUACGGAAAGGUAGACAAGCAAAGAAUUGCUUUGACUGACAAUGCUGUCAUUGAGCAGGUUUUGGGCAAGCAUGGAAUUAUUUGCAUCGAAGAUCUUGUCCACGAGAUCAUUACUGUUGGACCACACUUCAAGGAGGCUAACAAUUUCUUAUGGCCAUUCCAACUCAAGGCACCUCUAGGUGGACUCAAAAAGAAGAGAAAUCACUAUGUUGAAGGUGGUGAUGCUGGAAAUCGUGAGAAUUUCAUCAAUGAGCUCAUCAGGAGGAUGAACUAAAGAUGAUCUCACUAACAAGUUUUGUUUCUUUAGAAAGUUUGUUUCUGGUGUUUGAACUGUUUGUAAUAUUUGAACUAGACAAAUUUCAGGUUUUGUUCUCGAGGUUAAAAUUAGUUUUUGGGAUUAAGUAUACCAGUUGCCUGUGGUUUUGUCAAUGUUCAAUUUUAAAGUGGGAAGUGUGCUUCAAUUUAAAUAUAUGGUUUCUGCACUUUGGAAUU